CAGGAAUCUGCCAGUCUGUCUCACACAUCUUUCCGUCAUUCCUGAAGGCACAGUCAAAUACAACAUAAUUCAACAUGCCUAAAUUCGGAGGAGCCCCGAAAUGUCCCAGAUGUUCUGGAUCAGUAUACCACGCAGAGGAGAAGAUCGGUGCUGGAGCCAGCUGGCAUAAAAUGUGCUUCAACUGCAAUUUGUGCCAUAAAAUGUUGGAUUCAAGCACCCUUGGAGAACAUGACGGUGAAAUCUACUGCAAGAGUUGCUACGGGAAAAAGUAUGGACCUAAGGGAUAUGGAUUUGGCGGUGGUGCUGGCACAUUGAGCAUGGACCAGGGUGAGCGUCUUGGAAACAAGCCUACGCAACAAACUGGGCCAGCAACAGCCCAAGCCUACACUCACUGUGAUGUGGCUUCUGACGCCCCAUCUAAAUUUGGCGGUGCUGACAGGUGUCCUCGUUGUGGACAUUCAGUGUACCAAGCAGAGAAGAUGAUCGGUGCAAACUCAAGCUGGCAUAAGAAGUGCUUCUCUUGCGCCGCCUGUAAUAAAGGUCUGGAUUCCACAACGGUGUGUGACAGGGAUGGGGAAAUUUUCUGCAAAGCUUGCUACGCAAAGGGAUUUGGCCCAACGGGUGUCGGUUAUGGCCAAGGAGCUGGUACACUCAGCACAGGACAAUAAAUUUGCCAGCCGUCAGGGAAUUUCAUUUGAAGUUCAACCUCAAUUUCCAUACUGAAGAUAUCUAAAUACACUGUUCUACAGAAAUAAUAAAACAAACAUACACGACAUACAGAUCACUGGGGAAUUACGGACAUUAGAAGCAAAAUUUACCAUGAAUUUUAGAGGUCUGAAAUAAUCACGUGAUAAUCACAUGGUGCACUGUUUACGUCAUGUGAUAAUCACGUGAUUUGUUAUAGCUGAACAUCGAAAAUAAAUCCACGGUUGCUAAAAAAGUAACCGUGAUAAAGCCUACCGGAAAGCACGUAAUCGCACGUGAAAAAAAGUUAACACUAUUUUCUCGGCCACAUUAGUGUCCAACUUGAACUAAGAAAUGUUUUAUUCACUAAUAAAUAAAAAUAAUAUGCACAUAGGCAUACAGAUUUUACGACAAUUCUACCCAUAUCCUUAAAAUAGAUUAUAUACAUUGUAGAAGCUUUCCUUUCCUUUCACACAUCUUUCUAGUUUCUUAAAACGCUUCCAUAUGCACUGCACCCACUUUAAUAUAGCAGAAACAAUAAUAGUUUUUAACUUAUAAAAUAAAGAAUUUGAGGGUAAAAUUCACCUAAGUGCCUUUCUGAGAAUAAUAUAGCAAGGACUCAUUCAAGUCGUAAAUCGCACAACCAUUCGCAUGCAGCACACACUUUGCAUAGCCUAGUGUAUUGUAAUGCAGAAUUUUUCUUCUUUCUUCCAUAGGCUAAUAAAGUUAUUUCUUUUUACGUCCUUUUAAAA